AUGCUCUCUGGCUGCCCGGAUUUUAGCUUUUCAAUCGUGACGUCGUAAUCAAAAAGCGACCGACAAGAGUAACUAUAAUUAAGACGAUUUAGCUUUUAUUUACCUUGGAAUGAUUUGUUUUUCUUUAGGAGGAAUAGGGGCUUGUGUAAAGUGAAUAUUUAGAUUUGUUGUUCUUUUGUCGGACGUGUUGAAAUGUUGAUUUUAAAGUUUAAAAGUUGCCAAUUAUUUUGCAGCUAGCCGGGAUAUUAGCCUGUAGUUCCAUUUAUGCACCAUGCUAAUUACUAUAGUGUGUGUGUGUGUGUGUGUGGCACGAAACGUUUCUGUCACUUAUGUUAACAAGGCUAUUUUACGUUUAAUACGCUAAGCCAUGCUUUUUAAGGCUAAGAGGCUGUAAGGGGAAUGUCUACUGUUCUUCCGGACUACAAAUACGAUUGUGUCACUGAAUUCUUCCUGCUGUUCAAACCGCGUGAGCGCCCUAGCAGAGGACUGUGAAAGUCAGCGCUUUCUUUCUUCUUGUAAAAAUUAAAAUUUCCUUCAAAGCCGGAUUAUAGGUUUUCACUGCAUCGUUUUAUUUUUAUUAACAAGUGCUAAACUGUGAACACAGCCAUCCGAAAACACUAUGCACAACUGUGCACGUUACCUCAUCUUUUUUCAAUACAUUGGGACGAAAUACAGGGGUGUAGUCAAAGUACCAUCACAUCAGCUGGGUAAGAAAGGGGUUCAAGACCACUUGGAGGAAGCAAUUCAGAGACUAAGGCCACUCAACCUGGUCUCUCUAUCGGUGUCCAGCAGGACAGAUACAGGAGUCCACGCCCUCUCAAACUCGGCUCACUUUGAUCUCCACCGCAGAAACGACAAUCCUCCGUUCACUGAGGACAUUCUGGUUCAAGCUCUCAAUUUCCACCUCAAGGCAGAGCAAAUCAGGGUCACCCAUGCUCACCGUGUCCCUGACAACUUUCAUGCCCGUUUUCGUGCCCAGUCUCGGACCUACAUCUACCGAAUAGCACUGGGCGUCACCCACCACACUCUGCUUCCUCUCACAGACGAGAAUCUGUGCUGGAGCCUCCGCAACACAGAGCUGGAUAUAGACGCCAUGCGUGAGGCUGCUGCCCUGCUGGUUGGGACUCAUGAUUUCAGCAGCUUCAGAGCAGUGAGCUCUGACAUGCCUCUUAAAAGCCCUGUGAAGACGAUGGAUGUUGUUGCCAUACAGCCAGGGAGCUCCUUUGCACACUCACACUUUCACAGAGAGAUGCAGUUCUGGGAGCUGACCUUUAAAAGUCGAUCUUUUCUCUAUAAGCAGGUGCGGAGGAUGACGGGAGCCCUGGUGGCUGCAGGCCAGGGACUGCUGUCCGUGUCUCAGGUCAAACAGAUCCUGGACAGUCGGGAUACUCUGGCCUACCCUCAGGGUGUGGUUGCUCCAGCCCAAGGCCUCUUCCUUAAAAGUGUAGAUUACGAAGAGUCGGACCUGCAGUUCUUCCAACAGCCUGACUCUACUGACAAGCCAAAUAACUCAUGCUACCUGAACAAGAGAAAGCUGGAGUACCCGGUGAGGACACACAUGUGCAUAGGGAGAACAGGCAGAAAGACCCCAGGUUGGGAUUUGCACCAAGGACCUUUUUGCUGCAAGGCAACAGUGCUAGCUCUGCCACUGAGCAUACAUUUCCUUUGUAUUUGGAACUGUAAGAAAAUAAACUCACAUGGCAGAAGAUCAUGGCCUGAGCGAUGGUAAUGGCACCGUAGAUGUUACAGAGGGCUUGGAACUUCUCCUCCUUGCUGUUGCAGAGCACAAAGUACUGCUUGAUGGUGUCCAG